AUGGGCGGUCCUACACACUUUCCGUUUCCCACACUGUCAAUACGCUUUGUGAAAAUAAUGUAUUUUGAUACACCUAAAACAUGGUUUUCAUAUAAACCCAUGGAUCGUGAAAAAUCGUUGCUACUAGCAAUCACUUUUUUUUUAUUACUUUUCCUUUCUAUAUCCCUCUCCUUUGUUUUUAGUUUCUCAUCAAAUGGCACUUUGCCUAUGUUUAUGAGCUUAAUGAUGUCUUGAUGAGGGCGC